AUGUGCUGCUGUGGAAACCAAGGAUACGUAAAAACACGGAAUAAGUGAGGACGUCCGGCUUCGAGACAGACGAGUUAUUGCGUGUCUGUACUUUGUGCUUUAGUUUCUUCUUCAGUCGCGGUUUUCCGCCCUGGCCCCGCGGGCGGUGCCGAAUGUGCGGCGGCGAAGCGCCAGGCCGGUAAACAGCGCCCGGCUGAGGCGAUGGCGGCGGGCGGGCUGGCGGGGCUCCUGCCCGCCCAGACACAGCUCGAGUACGCGCUGCUCGACGCCGACACUGCCCAGGAGAAGGAGAACCUGGUCUACCAGUACCUGAAGAAAAUGGACAGCCGCGAGCGGGACCUGGCGGUGCCCGAGCUCGGCGGAGAUCUGCAAUGGUUAAACACUGAAGGUCCUAUUUCUCUUCACAAAGACCUUUGUGGAAAAGUUGUGGUGUUGGAUUUCUUCACUUACUGCUGCAUCAAUUGCUUGCACCUGCUGCCUGACCUCCAUGCCUUAGAGCACCAGUACUCUGAUAAAGAUGGUCUUGUUAUCGUUGGUGUCCAUUCAGCGAAAUUCCCAAAUGAAAAAGUUCUGGAUAACAUUAAAAGUGCUGUUCUGAGAUACAAUAUUGUCCACCCUGUAGUAAAUGAUGCAGAUGCAACACUGUGGCACGAGCUGGAAGUGUCCUGCUGGCCAACUCUGGUCAUUCUUGGGCCUCGUGGAAAUAUGCUGUUUUCUCUUGUUGGGGAGGGACACAGAGAGAAAUUGUUUUUAUUUACUUCUAUAACACUGAAAUUCUACAAGGAAAGAGGACAAAUCAAAGAUAACAGCAUUGGAAUAAAGCUGUACAGAGACUCCCUUCCACCUUCUCCUCUGCUGUUUCCUGGCAAAGUGACUGUAGAUGAUUCAGGAGGAAGGUUGGUCAUAGCAGACACUGGGCAUCACAGGAUUUUGGUUACUCGUAAAAAUGGACAAAUUCUACACACUAUUGGAGGUCCAAACAGUGGAAGGAGAGAUGGGGGAUUUUCAGAGGCAGCUUUCAACUCACCACAAGGAAUCGCUAUAAAAAAUAAUGUUAUUUAUGUGGCUGAUACAGAAAAUCACCUAAUUAGAAAGAUUGACCUGGAGUUGCAGGUGGUGACCACUGUAGCAGGCAUUGGGGUACAAGGUGUUGAUAAGGAAGGUGGAGCAAAAGGAGAAGAGCAGCCCAUCAGCUCUCCGUGGGAUGUGGUCUUUGGAAGUUCAAUUUCAGGGACGCAGGAAGAUGAUGUGUUGUGGAUAGCAAUGGCAGGCAUUCACCAGAUAUGGGCACUGAUGUUGGAAGGUGGAAAACUACCAAAGGGAAGUGACUUAAAGAAAGGAGUCUGCCUUCGCUUUGCUGGGAGUGGGAACGAGGAGAACAGGAACAAUGCUUACCCACACAAGGCAGGGUUUGCCCAGCCCUCGGGGCUCGCCCUGGCCCCAGAGGAGCCCUGGAGCUGCCUGUUCGUGGCCGACAGCGAGAGCAGCACCGUGAGAACCAUCUCGCUCAAGGACGGGGCGGUGAAGCACCUUGUAGGAGGAGAGAGAGACCCAUUGAAUUUGUUUGCUUUUGGUGAUGUGGAUGGAGCAGGAAUAAAUGCAAAGCUGCAGCAUCCCUUGGGAGUAACAUGGGACAAGAAAAGACAGCUGCUUUAUGUGGCAGAUUCCUAUAAUCAUAAGAUUAAGGUUGUGGAUCCCAAGAUGAAGAACUGUGCUACCCUGGCAGGCACAGGAGAAGCAGGCAGUGUUGUUGGUUCCAGCUUUACCCAGUCAGCUUUCAAUGAACCAGGAGGUUUGUGUGUUGAAGAAAACGGCCACCUCAUGUAUGUUGCAGACACAAAUAACCAUCAGAUUAAAGUGCUGGAUUUGGAAACAAAAAUUCUUUCCAUGUUGCCUAUCCUGAAGCCAGAAGCAUGUGAUGUUCCAGAUAACCUGCCUGUGCAAAAGGAUAAAAUAGCAAACCUGCCAAGACUGCCUAAAUCUGCACCAAAUAUUGAACUUCCUUCACUAACUGUAGCUCCUGGCCAGACAAUUCAGUUUUUAUUAAAGUUGACUCUUCCUCUGGAUUCCAAACUGAACGAGGAAGCUCCCAGUGCCUGGUUUAUCACAGCAGAAGAUAACACCUGGUUGCUGCAAGGACAAUGUCUGACAGGAGAAAUAAAGGAUGUUUCCUGUCAAACUGUCAUUCCCUUUCAGUUGCCUGGGAGCUGUGUGUCAGCUGAAGCCACCCUGGCCAUCAAAGCGUGCCUCUACUACUGCAGCAAAGGUAGCAGUGCCUGUAUGAUGGCAGGAGUCUCCUUCAGCCAGCCCUUGCAGGUCACUGGCACAGACCAAGGCAGCUCAGCCCAAGUGGAACUGAUACACACCUUUGUAACCAACUAACACAAAGCCAGCUGAUUUCACACUUUAUUUUGCUAUCCAACAUUUCUGUGGGAGAAAGUACAAAUAGAUGACUUGGCUCUGUUUUUCCUGGAGCUUAUGACAAAGCUAAGAAAUAAUUUGCUUGGUAAAAUGAAGUAGUUUUUCUUACAGCUUAACAGGAAAAUUUAUCAUCACAACCUCAUUUCUUUACAUUACAGUAGCAGCAAUAACUUUGUAAUACUGCAGACUCUUGUUGCCAAUUGUGAACACACUGGAUGUCUGCCAGUCUUAAGAAGUGAGCAACAAUUUUUAGAGUCCAUUUGAAAGAGCUGGUGUUACUUUGUGAUGUUACUGUAAGAUCUUUGCACUGUAGAGUAGAUCAUUUUGGACUAACACUUCAAAAUUCCUUUUAUGCUCUUAUUGCAUUUUAAUAGAAUGUCAAAAGGAAGUUCUUUCUCCACUCUAUAGAAAAAGUAUUUUGCUUAUUCUUCUGUGAUGACACUUAUGACAUGUGUUUUUUGAAAAUAAACCUUAAACUAGGUGCAGCUCUUGUUUUAUGCAAACUGAGCAUUUUGCUUUAACUCAACAUCACCGCCUUACCUGAAGAACAAAGGUUCAUGGGAAAUUUCUGUGCAAGGAAGCGUUCAAGCUCCUGCAGAAGAAUUUCAUGCUGAUUUUUAACAAAGAAUGUGCCUCACUGCAAUGUGUAUAUGUAUAUAAAAUAACCACCACAAAGCCAUGCUGGCGCUUUUCUGAUACAUACCAAUUUACAUUUUAUAGAAAGUGGUAGGUAAUGGUUGAAUAUCUACACUGCAAAAAUUAAAUGUCAUCCAUUUCAAACAGAGUGAUUCACUCCCAUUUUUAUGAUUUCUCUGCAAAGACUGUUCUGAAGACUUUGCAUAUACGUAAUAUUGUGAAGAAUAUUACACUCUUGAAGUCUGAUUCAGAGUCUUUUGAAGUCACUGUUAGUCCAUGGAUUUGUUAUAGUGGCCACUGAACCAGAAUACUUGAUAAUGGAUUAUUUACAUUCAUGUUUAGAGCCUCUGAUCUUCUGCUAGAAAACUGGUAACCUUAUCUCUGAGUAAAAUGCUUUAAAAUUCUAUUGCAAAACUCUGCCCUUGGUGGUUAAAUGUUUUGCAAAUGAAAUUCCCUCAAUUUGCCAUAGUAAGAAGGGGCAGGGUGAUAGUGGUGGUGCAAGUUCAUUUACCUGAGCUGCAAGAGUUUCCAUCAUGCUUAAGUAAUUGGUAAGGCCCUGUGCUCUGGUCAUGGUGAUCAGUUCUGAGAAGAUGAUUUUGUUUUAAGUUGAAAGAUAGUCACACAUACCAUAAAGUGCAGUAGUGAAAGAGUUUUUUUAUAUAGUCUUUUCUAAAACAAUUACUCCUGACACCUGUCAGUAAAUCCCCACUAUCAGUUGUUGUUGCUUUUUCUUACUUAAAGACUGACUGAAAUGUUGGUCAUGAACCCAAGAGGCUUUUGUUUUAAGGGAGUGGUGUGGUUCUUCCUUCCAUUGAAAUGCCAGUCUAUCUGAGAGUUCUUUGUGGCACCAGAAAUGGUUGUUAUCUCACCUGUCAGCAAAGCAAGAGCUGAAAUGUUAUUAUUCUUAUGUUUGGUUUUUAAGCAAGUUUCCUAAUUCACUGUUUCAGCUCCUUUGGGUAAGCCUCUCCAUUCUCACAUGCCAUUUUGAAGGGAGAAAAAGCUUUGAUACUUUGUUCACAGAUAGCAAAUGCUGUUGGAAGGUUGAAGAUAAAGGAACUGAUUUGGGCAUUUAUUAUUUUUUACACUUUAGUAAAACUUAGUUUUCCACAAUUCCUUGUUUGUCUGUUUACCUUUGGAUAGUAGCCAGGAAACCUUCAAUCAGCUUCAGAUAGCCUGCAGAUUUUCUGCUGCUCUCUAGAAAAAACAAGCAUUAGGUUCAGAAGUUGAGAAUAAUGAACCAAACCGUCACAGUUACCUUGAACGUGUAAUUCAUCAGAUGGAUCUUUUUUCUCUCAUUUUGUCCCAUCAUAGAAUGGUUUGGGUGGGAAGAUGAGAGAUCAUCUUGUCCCAACCCCUUGCCAUGGACAGGGACACCUUCCACUGGAGCAGGUUCCUCAGAGCUACACCCAGCCUGAUUGUGAACAAUUUCAGGGAUCUGGCAUCCCAGCUUCACUGGGCAGCCUGUGACAGUGUCUGACCACUCUCACAGGAAAGAAUUCCUUCCCAAUAAAAUAAAUAAUAAAUCUGCCUUCUUUCAGUCUGAAGCCAUUCCCCCUGGUCCUAUCCCUGCAUGCCCUUGUCAAAAGUCUCUGUCCAGCUCUUGCAGCUCCUUCAGGUACUGGAAGGUGCUAGAAGGUGUCUCCAGUCUUCUCCAGGCUGAACAACCCCAGCUCAGAUUUUCAGGUAGAAUGACAUUAUGUUGUACUAUUUCAAUUAGAUCACUUUAUCAACUGCCUGUACUCCAAUAUUAAAAGAAAAAAAAAACAACCCCAAAAGUGUUCACUGUGAUUGGCCUUUAAUCAUAAAGUUUUGUUUGUCCAAGGGAUAAGGAUACACAUUCCCAGAGUCACUGCUUCUGUUUCACUUGUAGUGUACAGAUAUUCAAAUGUUCUGUGAUUAGAAAAACACAGAUUUUCUUACAGCUUAUGAUAUUUAGGUAUACUAUUUCCAUUUCUUCCUCCAGGGUUUACAAGCUGCUCUUACAGUUAAUAACAAGUGCCAUAAAUUUCACCAGACAGUCAAACUGAAUAGCAUAUACAAGCUACAAGAAAUUUAUUUAAUUACUAGAAAGUAUCUUCCAAAUAUGAUGCAGAAAAAUGGGAAAUGUUACUUUUCUGUAAAAAAGAGUCAGAUAUAUUGAUGCUACCUCUUUGUAUGGGAACUAAAUUUUUUGAUGUUCCCUGAUAUAAAAAUUCUAAGCAGGUUGGAAUGGCUCAGAACUCCCAGAUUUGUUUCUCACAGUAAAAGUUUGUAAAUCAAGGUCUUUUCCAAACAUGGCUUUCUAGUGGCUUUAAUAAGUUUUGCAGCAGACCUUAAAAGACUAUAGCAAGUCUCUAAAGAGUAUUGGUCGUGGUUGAUUUGUAUAAUGGACACAAGUUCGGUGGAAUUUUAAGUUUUUAGUUGUAGUGUUUGCAUCUCUGGGACAGCUUUUGGUUUUGAAUGGAUGUAUUAAUAGUUCCAUGAGAUGUUUUUAGUAAUUUUAUUCAAUUGCAGUAUAGUAUUUUUUGUUAGAAUAGAAAAAAGAUAAAGUGGCUUCAAAGAGGGAGGAUAAUUUGUUUUAAUAGCUCCUUCAUGUUGUUUGAAUUCAGUAAUAUCUUUGUGUAGUUUGGCCCCUUCUGUUGAAGGAAGGGUGGGGAUGAUGACUGUGUAAAUCUCUUGGUGGGCACAUAUUUUAUGCAUAUAUUUUUGGUUGAUUUCUUUUUGUGUUAGAUUCUUACAUAAUUUUUAGCUUUCCUAUUGGAUGCAGUUCUUCACAGUUUGUGUUUGGGGUCUCAUAUCUUCCACCUGUAGAGCAUUAUAAUGUUUGUGUAAUGCUGUGGUAGUGUGGUACCAAGCAAGAGAAAGUAGUUUUAUAGCAUCAGGUAAAUGCCUUAGAAAAAGUGCAUAUGGCUUCCAAUAUAUUGUGUAUGUUCUUAAUGCACUGAUUUUAUUUCAGUAGGAAAAUAUUGUAGCUGAAACCAUGGCUAAAACUGUUUUGUUGAGAGAACAUCAAGAAAAGUAUAUUCUUUACCUCUUGCUCAGAGGAAGGGGAUGAUGAAAAUGAAGAGACUUUCCUUCUAAUGUAGGACCAUGUCCUUCUGUUCCUUUAAUUAUUGACUAUUUAUUUUAGCAAAGCUAGAGGCAUUAUUGACCACAAAUUGUCUUGAAUUUUAUUCCUAACAAGGUUUUCUAUGUACAUGGAAGCUUUAAAUGUUUGACUUUGUAGUUAUGAGUGAUAUAUCUUGUUUGAAAUGGUUUUAGUUUAGCAGACAAUAGCAGAGAUUUAUGUACAUUCUUAAGAUUUGUAAUUUUUUAAAUCACUGGUAUUCAUUGACUCAAAGACACUUUGAGGCUACACUCUCACAGAAGUGUGAACUCAAAAUUAAGUUUUCUUUGUUGUAGAAUGUGUGAGAUGGGCUGUGACACGUUGUGUUCUCCAGGCUGCAGUUGUGCUACCUAAGGAGAAUUUUCCACACACCUCAGUCACCCCCAGUAAUUCUCCACUGAAAUCUGCCAGGUCACUUGCUCAUAUAAUCAAUUAAUAUUACUGAUUUAGGUUAGCAAACAUUUAGCAUUCAGAGUUUAUCAUUACAAUUUUCACUGAAGUUGGUUUGUCAGGGAUUAAAGGAGCUUCUCUGUCCCAAGCAAACAAAGUAUAGGAAUGAUGACAAGUAAUUGGAGAUAAUUUUUGAAAAUGUGAGACCUGGUUAUUUUUUAAUUAAAUCACAGCAUCUGUUUUUGCAUUCAACAAGAGAUCAUUAAUUUAGAAACAAUACUAUAAUAUUCUAGAAUAUACUAAUAUUUUACAUUCCAUUAUGUUCAUGUAACCAAAUUUGACUACUGUCUUCCAUUAGAAGCAGCAGAUCUAUAUUUUAUAGUUUUUGUACUCUUAUAGAUAAAGUCACUACUCUCAUUUAGGAUUAGGAUUCAUUCCUGUUCAGGACUCAUCACACCUAUGACUGAGUUUCCAAGUUUAUCUUAGUUUCUUUGUCAUACAAUUUUGGGAGGUUUUGGUUAGGAUUUUGGGUCUGUCCGUUCCUCCUGUAGUUUCCACAGUGAAAUGCAGCCCGUGUCAUGUUACCAUGGAGGGAUCCAAGUAGGAAGGAUAAUUCCCUCCACCAGCUCCAUGCCCCUCCCCUGCUUCAGGGAUGGGGAUGUAAACAGCAAGUGAUUCUAGACAGCAUUAGAGUAAGAUGUCCUCAGGUCAAGCUUUGCACUG